GUGUGUGUGUGUGUGUGUGUGUGUGUGUGUGUGUGUGUAGAUGUAUAUGUCAUAAGGGCUAAGAAGGAAAAUGCAACAGGGUAAGUAGGAUAGAAAGGAACAGCGUGAGGGUCAUAGUGUGUAUUAUCUUAGGUGAGAUUGUGAGAGACAGCUUUUCUGUAUGAUAUCUGAAUAGAGUUCUAGAAGGACUUAGGGAGGCAGCCAAGAGGGCCUUUGGAGGAAGAGUGAUCCUGGCAGAGAGCACAAGUGUGUGGCUGGCAUGUUCAGGGGACAGUGAGGGGGCAGUAUGGCAGGUCUGAGUAAGGGAAUAGGAAAAGGGUAAAAGGUGAGCUCAGAACAGGGCAGAGGUCCAGACCCUGAAGGGCAUUACAGUCUGUGGUAAGCACCUUGGCUUUUGGCUCCAGAAUAAGUUGUACCUCCUCUGAAUUUUUACUUCAAGUUCCUUUGUGAAGCCUUCCUUGACUAUCCCUGUUUUUGUUGAUUUAUCCUUGGUAACUCCUGGAGAACCUGAAGUUAUUGACCACAUAACUCAUAUAUUGCUUAACUGACUAAGCAAUAUGUGCCUGGUUGUCUUCUUAUAGGUUUUUGGUUCCAUUCUAACUUCUUGGUAACUUUCUCUAGCAUAAGGACUUAGUUUUAAACCUUUCUUUCUUAUAUGAUGUUUUGCACCUAGUUGGUACUUAAUGUAUCUUUGUUUUGUGAGGUUCUGGCUUUAGAUGUCAGCAGUAGGAAUUUGUAAUGUCUAAGAAAUAAGAGAGAGGACUUGGUGUUAGAUUACACAUAAGGAAUGAUGUUUAGAUUUUAGUUUGUGAUCCUGGAAGAAUAAAUGGUGUUGUAGACAGAGAAAGGAAAGUUGGGAAGAGAAGCUGAUUUUAGAGUAAAUUGAUGAAUUUGGUUUGGAAUUUAUUGACCUUUCUAUGCUAGUAGCAUAUCCAAAUAAAUUUGUCCAGAAUGAUUUUGAUGUCAGAUAUAUACAGUGUUGGAGUUAUUUGUGACUGCUGCCUACACUUAUGUAAUCUUCUCAAGGGCAGGGACAACAUAUUACUCAUAUUUCCAGUACUUGGAACAGUGAAAUAAUAGGUGCUUAAGUCAUUGGUACUUAGUAAGUUUAUUGAGAUGAGAAGUUGGUAUGUAGCCAUGAUACAUGUCUUAGAAAAGGCAUAAGCUCUGGUAGGGUCAUUGUGGGUCUGAAUUCUAUCCCCACUAUGCUCUACAUGUGUGGUUUUGGUUGAGUAAAUGAGCACUAUGAAUCGCAGGUGUUCUCAACUGGGAAAUGGAACAAGAAGACCUUCCUUGCAGGGCUGUGAGAUAAUGAAUGUAGGCAUAGGUUCUAGCAUAGACUAGUGGCUCAAUAAAUAGUACCUGUUCAUUCAGCUAAAAUUGUUAAUAUGAUUAUUAUAAAGAUAAUGCACUCUAUUGAAUUUCAGAUUCUCAGGCUUGGAAAACAACUCAAAAGCAGUCCCUUAGAAUUAACUUUUCUUAUUUAUACUGUUUUAAUGACUUAUUUAUACUGAUAUAGUUAGUGAUCAAUUUGCAUGUAAUCUCCCAUAUUAGCCAAUCCUGGGAAUGCGUACAGAAGUCAGAGGGUAAUAAGUUAAACAUGGUUGGAACAUUGAUACAUCAGUUACUAUUAUUAUGCAUAUCAGUUGGUAUUCUAGUAGUUUACCUGUUAUAUUCCAGCUAUCAAAACAGCUUUAUGGUGGAUUAGGAGUUGAUAGACAUGUUGGAUGGUAAAUAAUAGUAGAAUUACAUAAUAUUUUUAUAUUUAUAAAUGUAUCUCCUUAAAUAGGAUGAAAUAAUUUCACAGAAGAUGAAUGAAACUCAAUCCCCAUAGAAAUAGAUUUUAUAGUAAUGAAAUAAGUUCUAAAUUCAGGGAAGGAAAUGGAAUCUGUUAAAAUUCAUUGGGGGUAAAAUUCUUGAUUAAAAUAUUUUAUUCUGUAAGAUACUUAAAAUCUUUUUUCUUCAAACAAAUUAAGAUUGUAGCCUAGAGUACUUCCUUUUCCUUUUUUUCUCUAGAUAUAACUGCCUUACAAGCCUAAGUAUGUCUUAAAAUGAUUUCCUGACCACGUAGGUGUUUUUGGCUUUGAUUCCUUAGGAGCUGUUGGGUGCCUCUGAAACUGCAUGUUUUACUUUUUGUGUUGGAGCAGAUGUCGUGGCACUAAGACCCAGAAACCGUUUGCUCUGUGUGGCUGGAGCUAGGCUGGCUGUGCUCACACUGAAGGGAAGGAAGUCAUUAGUGCAGACUGAGCUGUGGAGUUGGGUUCUUGCAGGAUUUCCUUCCAGCCUUUCCCCACUAAGGUUCUUGGGAAUUAAAAAAAAAAAUCUAAACACACAAACCAAGUUUUCCUAUUUACAGUGUUCAGGGAAGGUAGGCAUUUCGAGAAAGGCAGAUCCUUUUCCCAAGUUAUCCAAGAAGGAAGCGAAAACAGCGUAAAGAAGCUCUGAUUACAGAUCUUUGGAAUUUUCUUUGCUAAAUUUUACAAACGAGAAAUACACCCAGAAUUGUGGGAAUUGCUCCAGGCUGCGCGUGAGGGUUUGAUUGCUUGUCUGAUCUUUUUUGAGAAGAGGAGAAAUCGCCAAAAGGGGUUUGGAUGGCAGAAGCCCGGUUGGGAUUCUGUAGCAGCUCGCGAUCUCAGUCUCUUCUCUGAGGGAGGGUCUCUGCAGCCAGCUUGGAGACCCCCUGCCGCAGGCUCCUUUUGCAGGCGCUGGCCGGGAAAAUGCCCCGCUCUGGCAGGAGUACGCCGGUGGCUGCUGGGACUUCCUAGCCUGGUGGGAAGUGUGUUCGUGGUUUGGGGAUACUUUUCAUUGAACUGAAGGCGAAAAGACUGGACUCUCCUGGGGCUUUUCCCUUCGCAGUGAAUAUGGGAAAGAAUUAGGGGGUGGGAGGGAGGCAGCAUGACUUGCAGUCGUCGCUGCCCUGCAUCUGCCCCCAGCCCCCAGCCAACAUCUUGAUGUUCCACGUAUCGGCUGUACAAAUAUGAUGAAAUGGCAGCCCCGGAAGAAGGCAUACUUCCGACAGGGUGUUGCCCUCCAGUACCUUGGACGUCAUGCCGAUGCCCUGGCAGCCUUUGCAUCUGGACUGGCUCAAGACCCCAAGAGUCUCCAGCUUCUGGUGGGGAUGGUGGAAGCCGCCAUGAAAUCUCCCAUGAGAGACUCCCUCGAGCCCACUUAUCAGCAGCUUCAGAAAAUGAAACUGGACAAGAGUCCCUUUGUGGUCGUGUCUGUGGUUGGUCAGGAACUCCUGACAGCUGGCCAUCAUGGGGCCUCUGUGGUUGUCUUAGAAGCCGCACUGAAGAUUGGCACCUGCAGCCUCAAACUGAGAGGUUCUGUUUUCUCUGCCCUGAGCAGUGCUUACUGGUCUCUUGGAAAUACAGAGAAGAGCACUGGAUAUAUGCAGCAGGACUUGGAUGUAGCCAAGACCUUAGGUGACCAGACAGGAGAAUGCCGAGCUCAUGGGAAUCUGGGCUCUGCAUUCUUCUCCAAAGGAAAUUACCGGGAGGCUCUCACUAACCACAGGCAUCAGUUGGUACUCGCCAUGAAACUCAAAGAUCGAGAGGCAGCUUCAUCAGCCUUGAGCAGUCUGGGCCAUGUGUACACAGCCAUUGGAGACUACCCCAAUGCACUGGCCAGUCACAAGCAGUGUGUUCUUCUUGCCAAGCAAUCCAAAGAUGAACUUUCUGAAGCCCGAGAACUUGGCAACAUGGGAGCUGUGUAUAUUGCCAUGGGUGACUUUGAGAAUGCUGUGCAGUGCCAUGAGCAGCAUCUGAAGAUAGCCAAGGACCUGGGGAACAAGCGAGAAGAGGCCCGGGCUUACAGCAACCUGGGCAGUGCCUAUCACUACCGGAGGAACUUUGACAAGGCCAUGUCUUACCACAACUAUGUCCUGGAGCUGGCACAGGAGUUGAUGGAGAAGGCCAUUGAGAUGCGAGCCUAUGCUGGACUAGGCCAUGCUGCCAGGUGCAUGCAGGAUUUGGAGAGGGCUAAACAGUACCAUGAGCAGCAGCUGGGCAUUGCUGAGGAUCUCAAGGACCGGGCUGCAGAAGGGCGAGCAUCCUCCAAUCUAGGAAUCAUACACCAGAUGAAAGGCGAUUAUGAUACUGCACUGAAACUCCAUAAGGCCCAUCUGUGCAUCGCUCAGGAGCUGAGUGAUUAUGCUGCCCAGGGCCGUGCCUAUGGGAAUAUGGGCAACGCCUACAACGCUCUUGGCAUGUACGACCAGGCGGUCAAAUACCAUCGGCAGGAGCUGCAGAUCUCCAUGGAAGUGAACGACCGCGCCUCGCAGGCCUCCACGCAUGGGAACCUUGCCGUGGCCUACCAGGCGCUGGGUGCCCAUGACCGAGCCCUGCAACACUAUCAGAACCACUUGAACAUCGCCCGGGAGCUACGAGACAUCCAAAGCGAGGCCCGGGCCCUCAGCAACCUGGGUAAUUUCCACUGCUCUCGGGGAGAGUAUGUCCAGGCUGCCCCCUAUUAUGAACAGUAUCUCCGGCUUGCUCCUGACCUUCAAGACAUGGAAGGAGAAGGGAAGGUCUGCCACAACCUUGGCUAUGCCCAUUACUGCCUUGGAAAUUACCAGGAGGCAGUGAAGUACUACGAGCAGGAUCUGGCACUGGCCAAAGACCUUCACGACAAGUUGAGCCAAGCAAAAGCCUACUGCAAUUUGGGCUUAGCAUUCAAGGCUCUGCUGAAUUUCAGUAAAGCUGAAGAGUGUCAGAAGUACCUACUGUCCCUAGCCCAGUCUCUGAAUAAUUCCCAGGCUAAAUUUCGAGCCCUAGGCAACCUGGGCGAUAUAUUCAUCUGUAAAAAAGAUAUAAGUGGUGCAAUAAAAUUCUAUGAGCAGCAGCUGGGCUUAGCUCACCAGGUGAAGGAUAGAAGACUAGAGGCCAGUGCAUAUGCAGCCCUGGGCACUGCAUACCGAAUGAUUCAGAAGUAUGACAAGGCCCUGGGUUAUCACACACAGGAACUGGAGGUAUAUCAGGAGCUGAGUGACUUGCCAGGGGAGUGCAGAGCUCAUGGGCACCUGGCUGCCGUCUACAUGGCCCUUGGGAAAUACACAAUGGCAUUCAAGUGUUACGAAGAGCAACUGGAUCUAGGGCAAAAGCUGAAGGAUCCGAGUCUGGAAGCCCAGGUCUAUGGCAACAUGGGCAUCACAAAGAUGAACAUGAAUGUGAUGGAAGAAGCCAUUGGCUACUUUGAGCAGCAAUUGGCCAUGCUGCAGCAGCUAAGUGGAAAUGAGUCUGUGCUCGACAGGGGCCGGGCCUAUGGCAACCUGGGGGAUUGCUAUGAAGCCCUGGGUGACUAUGAGGAAGCUAUCAAAUACUACGAACAAUAUUUAUCUGUUGCCCAGAGUCUGAAUCGCAUGCAAGACCAAGCCAAGGCUUACCGCGGCCUGGGAAAUGGACACAGGGCAAUGGGGAACUUGCAGCAAGCCCUUGUGUGCUUUGAAAAGAGGCUCGUGGUUGCCCAUGAGCUCGGGGAGGCCUUCAAUAAAGCCCAGGCCUAUGGAGAGCUGGGAAGUCUGCACAGCCAAUUAGGGAAUUACGAACAAGCCAUUUCCUGCCUUGAACGCCAGCUGAACAUUGCUAGAGAUAUGAAAGACCGUGCCCUGGAGAGUGACGCAGCCUGUGGCCUGGGGGGCGUUUACCAGCAGAUGGGGGAGUAUGACACAGCCCUGCAGUACCACCAGCUUGAUCUACAGAUAGCAGAGGAAACCAACAACCCCACAUGCCAGGGCCGAGCCUAUGGGAACCUGGGCCUGACUUAUGAAUCCCUGGGCACCUUCGAGAGGGCUGUGGUCUAUCAAGAACAGCACUUGAGCAUUGCUGCACAGAUGAAUGACUUGGUGGCCAAGACGGUGUCAUAUAGUAGCCUUGGAAGGACCCAUCAUGCCUUGCAGAACUAUUCCCAAGCAGUCAUGUACUUACAGGAAGGUUUAAGGUUAGCUGAGCAACUGGGCCGAAGAGAAGAUGAGGCAAAAAUUCGCCAUGGCCUUGGCCUCUCCCUUUGGGCUAGUGGAAACUUGGAGGAGGCCCAACACCAGCUUUAUAGGGCAUCAGCCUUGUUUGAAACGAUCCGACACGAGGCACAGCUGAGCACGGACUACAAACUCUCCCUCUUUGACCUACAGACAUCAUCCUACCAGGCCUUGCAGCGGGUGCUCGUCAGCCUAGGCCAUCAUGAUGAAGCCCUGGCCGUGGCGGAAAGGGGACGGACAAGGGCAUUUGCUGAUCUUCUGGUGGAACGACAAACAGGACAACAGGACUCCGACCCCUACUCCCCAGUCACUAUUGAUCAGAUCUUAGAGAUGGUUAAUGGCCAGAGGGGACUGGUGCUUUACUAUUCCCUGGCCGCAGGCUAUCUGUAUAGCUGGCUGCUUGCUCCUGGGGCAGGAAUUCUGAAGUUUCAUGAACACUACCUGGGUGAGAACACAGUGGAAAACUCAAGUGACUUCCAGGCCAGCAGCAGUGCAACCCUUCCAACAGCAACCGGCUCAGCCCUGGAGCAGCACAUUGCCAGUGUCCGGGAGGCCCUGGGGGUGGAGUCUCACUACUCAAGGGCCUGUGCCAGCAGUGAGACGGAGAGUGAAGCAGGAGACAUCAUGGACCAGCAAUUUGAAGAGAUGAACAACAAACUCAACUCAGUCACUGACCCCACUGGCUUCCUGCGGAUGGUUCGCCGAAAUAACCUCUUUAACAGGAGCUGCCAGAGCAUGACAAGCCUGUUCAGUAACACUGUGUCACCGACCCAGGACGGGACCUCCUCUCUUCCCAGGAGGCAGAGCUCGUUUGCCAAGCCCCCGCUCCGUGCCCUGUAUGACCUGCUCAUCGCGCCCAUGGAAGGGGGCCUGAUGCACUCCAGCGGCCCGGUGGGUCGGCACCGGCAGCUCAUCCUGGUUCUGGAGGGGGAGCUCUACCUCAUUCCUUUCGCCCUCCUGAAGGGAAGCUCCUCCAACGAGUACCUCUACGAGCGCUUCGGCCUCCUCGCCGUCCCUUCCAUCCGCUCCCUUAGCAUGCAGUCCAAGUCUCACUUACGGAAGAACCCGCCCACAUACUCCAGCUCCACAUCCAUGGCGGCUGUCAUCGGCAAUCCCAAGCUCCCAUCGGCCGUGAUGGACAGGUGGCUGUGGGGGCCCAUGCCAUCAGCCGAGGAAGAGGCCUACAUGGUGUCUGAGCUGCUGGGCUGCCAGCCCCUAGUGGGCAGUGUGGCCACCAAGGAGAGAGUCAUGAGCGCCCUGACCCAGGCUGAGUGUGUCCACUUUGCCACCCACAUCUCCUGGAAGCUGUCGGCCUUGGUCCUCACGCCCAGCAUGGACGGCAACCCUGCCAGCAGCAAGAGCUCCUUCGGCCACCCCUACACGAUCCCUGAGUCCCUGCGGGUGCAGGAUGAUGCCAGUGAUGGAGAGAGCAUCUCAGACUGCCCGCCCUUGCAGGAGCUGCUGCUCACAGCCGCCGACGUCCUGGACUUGCAGCUGCCCGUGAAGCUGGUGGUGCUUGGCUCCUCCCAGGAGUCCAACAGCAAAGUCACAGCUGACGGGGUCAUUGCGCUGACAAGGGCCUUCCUGGCUGCCGGCACUCAGUGUGUCCUUGUGUCUCUGUGGCCUGCACCAGUGGCUGCUUCCAAGAUGUUCAUCCAUGCCUUCUACUCAUCCCUGCUGAAUGGCCUGAAAGCCAGCGCUGCCCUGGGGGAGGCCAUGAAGGUGGUGCAGAGCAGCAAGGCCUUCUCGCACCCCUCCAACUGGGCAGGGUUCAUGCUCAUCGGGAGUGACGUUAAGCUGAACAGCCCCUCAUCGCUCAUUGGCCAGGCUCUCACAGAGAUCCUGCAGCACCCGGAGCGCGCGCGGGACGCCCUGCGAGUGCUGCUGCACCUGGUGGAGAAGUCCCUGCAGCGCAUCCAGAAUGGGCAGCGCAACGCCAUGUACACGUCCCAGCAGAGCGUGGAGAACAAAGUGGGCGGCAUCCCUGGCUGGCAGGCCCUCCUCACUGCUGUGGGCUUCCGGCUGGACCCUCCGGCCAGUGGCCUGCCAGCAGCUGUCUUCUUCCCAACCUCUGACCCGGGCGACCGGCUCCAGCAGUGCAGCAGCACCAUCCAGUCCCUGCUGGGUCUGCCCAAUCCUGCCCUCCAGGCCCUUUGCAAACUCAUCACUGCCUCGGAGACGGGCGAGCAGCUCAUCAGCCGGGCUGUUAAAAAUAUGGUUGGAAUGCUCCACCAGGUGCUGGUUCAGCUCCAGGCUGGUGAGAAGGAGCAGGACUUGGCAUCAGCUCCCAUUCAGGUCUCCAUCAGCGUCCAGCUGUGGCGGCUCCCGGGAUGCCACGAGUUCCUGGCAGCUCUAGGUUUUGAUCUCUGUGAAGUUGGUCAGGAGGAAGUAAUCCUGAAAACCGGAAAGCAAGCCAACCGACGGACCGUGCACUUUGCGCUCCAGUCCCUGCUGUCUCUGUUUGAUUCCACUGAGCUACCCAAGCGCCUUAGCCUCGACAGCUCCUCCUCCCUGGAGUCUCUGGCUUCUGCUCAGUCUGUUUCCAACGCCCUACCCUUGGGCUACCAGCACCCCCCCUUCUCUCCCACUGGUGCAGACAGCAUUGCCUCAGACGCCAUCUCUGUGUACAGUCUGAGCUCCAUUGCCUCCUCCAUGAGCUUUGUCUCCAAACCUGAGGGUGGAUCAGAGGGUGGAGGCCCGGGAAGGCAGGACCAUGACCGGUCCAAGAACGCUUACCUGCAGAGAUCCACCCUGCCUCGCAGCCAGCUGCCUCCCCAGACCCGCCCUGCGGGCAACAAAGAUGAGGAAGAAUAUGAAGGGUUUUCCAUCAUCAGUAACGAGCCCUUGGCAACCUACCAAGAAAACCAAAAGACACGCUUCUCACCAGACCACAAACAACCCCGAGCUGGGGCAGCCGGAGGUGUGAGAGUCUCCGUGAGCUCCAAAGGGAGCAUCAGCACUCCAAAUUCUCCAGUGAAAAUGACUCUGAUUCCCAGCCCCAACUCACCCUUCCAAAAGGUGGGAAAACUAGCAAGUUCAGAUACAGGAGAAUCAGACCAGUCCAGCACAGAAACGGACAGUACCGUGAAAUCCCAAGAAGAAAGCAACCCAAAACUUGAUCCACAAGAGUUAGCCCAGAAAAUUCUAGAGGAGACACAGAGUCAUCUCAUUGCGGUAGAGCGUCUUCAGAGGAGUGGCGGCCAGGUGAGCAAGAGUAAUAACCCUGAAGACGGCGUUCAGGCGCCCAGCAGCGCGGCUGUCUUCAGAGCGUCAGAAACCAGCGCGUUCAGUAGGCCCGUCCUCUCCCAUCAGAAGAGUCAGCCAUCACCUGUCACGGUUAAACCAAAGCCCCCAGCGCGGAGCUCCUCCCUGCCCAAGGUGAGUUCCGGAUACAGCAGCCCCACCACCUCGGAGACGUCCAUCAAAGACAGCCCGAGCCAGCACAGUGGCCGGCCAUCGCCGGGCUCCGACUCGCAGACGUCCCAGCUGGACCAGCCUCUCUUUAAACUGAAGUACCCCAGCUCUCCUUACAGCGCUCAUAUUUCCAAAUCGCCAAGGAACAUGUCCCCAAGCUCUGGCCACCAGUCUCCUGCCGGCAGUGCACCCUCCCCAGCUCUCUCCUAUUCCUCAGCGGGAUCCGCUCGCUCCAGUCCGGCGGACGCUCCCGACAUUGACAAGCUGAAAAUGGCAGCCAUUGAUGAAAAGGUGCAGGCUGUCCAUAACCUGAAGAUGUUCUGGCAGAGCACACCCCAGCACUCCACGGGGCCACUGAAGACCCUCCGGGGGGCCCCUGGCACCAUGACUUCCAAAAGAGAUGUCCUCAGUCUGUUGAAUUUGUCACCACGGCACAACAAGGAGGAAGGGGUGGAUAAGCUUGAACUGAAGGAACUGUCCCUGCAGCAGCGUGACGGAGCUCCACCGAAAGCCCCUCCCAAUGGACACUGGCGCACUGAGACCACCGCGCUGGGCGAGCUGCCGUUGCCCGCCGGCCCUCCUGCCACGGCCCCCACGCGCCCUUUGAGACUUCCUUCUGGAAAUGGCUACAAGUUCCUGUCCCCAGGAAGAUUUUUCCCUUCUUCCAAAUGCUAAAGCAUCUUUUAUACGCACUGACUCUGAGCAGCCCGCAGACGGGGCCUGGCAUUUGCUGCAGCCGUUCCCUGUCUGAGUGCAGCCCCACCGCAGCCACCAGCACCUUCACGAAGCUGUGCUCUCCGGGCAAGAGGCACUACCACGUCCAAAGGCUGCCACACGCACUGGUGGCUUUCCUGGGCCUCUGGACCACAUUCACCAAAAGCCGGGACUUCUGUGGGGCUGGUCCAAGAGGCUGGUGGAAUUUCCUCCACAAUUCACCAAAUGUUUGUCUACCUUCGAACUCCCUGCUUCUCAUCUGUGAUAUGAUUCUUCACCAGUAUUUUGUACAAAAAUGGUCUUGGUUCUUGGGUGGGGAGAGGAAAGGGAGCACAUAUUUUGCUAGGAGGUAUAUAUGCAGUACCUUUUAUACACAGAAAUACAAAUAGAGCUUUUUCUAAGGCUUUCAGGUGCUGGUUGGGGGUGGGAGGUAUGAAAUUUCUCUAAGUUGAAUUCUACAGGAAAGUGUUAUAUUAGCCAAAAACAGAAUAAUGGUUUUUAAAAUGCCAAUGAUUUGUAAUUAAGUUGUAGCAAUUUUGGUCUCAUGAUAGUGUAAUAUCUCAGCAACAAUGCAAUAAUUCACAUUGAAACAGCGCUUCCAUUCUGAACUCUGCUCUGUAAAUGUCCGUUGGGUCUCGCUGUCAACCAAACGUGAAUUUUCGUAAAAAAAAUUAUGUGACUCUUAUCCAGGCAUUUUAGAACUAUGCAAUUGUGAUUUAAAAUGCAACUUUGUGCUUUUAAAACAUUUACUGACCUUUUUUGUACAUGGAUAAACAACUUGGUUUUAUUAUCAAUAGUACUUUGCAUUUAUAGCUAUUAUUUUUAAAAGCUCAAAAAGUUUUUUAAAAUGUCAAAUUUUGAAUAGUCAUCAGUAAGUAAUUGUCAAGUUUGGAAGGAAAGGUUGAAAUGAUUCAGUUUCCUUAUAAGCAA